GAGGGGGGGGGGGCAGUGGCUUGCCUGCUCUGCUCUGCUCUGCUCUGGGGAGGGGGAGGCCCUUCCCACACAGCUGUAAACAAUCCGCAUGGUCUGCUUUCUAAUCAUCGUCAUAACCCUUGUUUUCCGACCCCGCCGCCGCCUCUCUCUCCGAAGGGAGUCGGGGCGGUUUGCGAGAGGGAACAAGCCCAGAGCAGGCAGCCCGCUUCCCAACCAAGCCAGGCCCGGGCAGACUCGCCCCCCCCCUCCCUUCCUCCCCCCACGUGCUUUGGACUCCCACAAUUCUGAACCUCCGGAAUCCUCCUCCUCCUCCUCCUCUUUCUGUUUAUUCUUCGCCAAGAUUUGUGUGUCUUGUGUAUGACCUCGGAAGCCUCCCCCUUUCCCAUAUCAGGCCGAGAGAGGAUUUGGAUCCUAGAGCUGUAACUACGAGGGCUCUCCACAAAGCACAUGACGUUUUGGAAUUACAAAAGAACAAAGUAUAGGAUACACCAGGGAUCCCCAAACUAAGGCCCGGGGGCCGGAUGCGGCCCUCCAAGGCCAUUUACCUGGCCCUCGCCCUCAGUUUUAGACUUAGGCUCACAAGUACCCAGCCUUCCAAGCAGCAAGCCUAUUCCAUUGUAUUCCAGCUCACCAAACAAGGAUUUGCAUAAGAAGAAAACAGCUAGGCUUUGAGGCUGCAAGGCUAUUCACUGCUAUUCCACCUGGCCAACAAACGAUUACCAUAAGCCACAGCAACACGUGGUCGGGCACAGCUAGGGUUAGGGUUAUAUUGUGUAUACAUAUAAUAUUGAUAAUAAUAUAAUGUAAUAUAAUAAUACUAAGAAUAAUACACUAUAAUAAUAUUAAUUAUAUAUUAAAUAUAAUAUUACUAAUAACAUUACAGUACAGUGGUAUAGUACAAUAUAGUAAUAUAUAAUGCUAAUUUUUUGCUGUGCUAAUAAUAUAAUACAUGUUAUGUACAUACAACUUGUAAGUCGCUCUAAGUCCCCUUUGGGGUGAGAGAGGGUGGGGGAUAAAUGUAGUAGAUAAAUAAAUAAAAUGUUGUUGGGGAUUUUUUUGCACUACAAAUAUUAUUUAUUAUUAUUUAUUUUAUUUACAGUAUUUAUAUUCCGCCCUUCUCACCCCGAAGGGGACUCAGGGCGGAUCACAUUAUAACACACAUAGGGCAAACAUUCAAUGCCCAUAAACACAUCAAACAGAGACUGAGAGACACACGCAGAGGCAAGUUAACCUUCUUCUGAGGGGAUGUUCGAUUCUGGCCACAGCGGGGAGCAGCUGCUUCAUCAUCCAUACUGACGGCACUUCCUCACUUCCUCAUUCCAAAUAAGACAUGUGCAGUGUGCAUAGGAAUUUGUUCAUAUUUAUUUCAAAUAAUUCGGCCCCUCAACAGUUUGAGUGACCAUGAACCGGCCCUCCACUUUAAAAGUUUGAGGACCUCUGGGAUACACCACUUACCAUAUGCAGUUGAAAGCCACGCUGAAACAGUACAUUUCAGCAGAGUCCCCACUCAGAUUUAGGCACUUAUCACAGUGAGGAAUGACUUGGGAAAGUUCAUGCCCUCAACCCUUUCCCGCCUCUGCCACCCUAUUGCUAUUGCAAGGCUGAAACUCAGCCAGGCUGAACGAUGAAUGCAAAAGGAAGCGAGGAAGAACUCAGCCCUCGCUUCUUUAGCAAAGGGAUCUCAAGGGAGAUCAAAACAUUGAACCUUCCCUUCCUGCCAGCCGAUCCUGGUCGCUUGCAAACCCUGGCCGAUCCUGGCUGCUUCUCCUGGGGAGCUGCUCUCCUCCAGGCCGCUUUCCGGAGCUUGCUCAGCAGCCAGGAUCGGCCAGGAUCUUGGGGGAGACGUGCCCCUCCACUCUGGAGCUCCCCCUCCUCCUCCUCCUUCUCCUUCUUCUCCUUCUUCUCCUCCUCCUCCUCCUCCUCCUCCUCCUCCUCCUCCUCCUCCUCCUCCUCCUUCUUCUUUCCAAGAAGGAGGUUUUUGAGACCAAGCCAGGGCGGUGCUGUGGUUCUAGCUUUAUGGAUUUUAACUGUUAGUUUUUAAAGUUAUAAUUGAUGUUUAAUUCUAUUUUAAUAUUUGUAUGUUUGUGAAUUUUAAAUUGUAUUGAAAUCCUUUCGAUGCAAGUGGCUUUGAGUCUCCUUUACAGAGAGAAAAAAUAUUAUGAUUAUUAUGUUUAUUUAUACCCUGCAUUAUCUCCCCAAAGGGCUCAUACAUAAUAUGCAUAUUAUUAUGUAAAUAUAAGCAUAAUAAUAAUAAUAAUAAUAUGUGUUGUCGAAGGCUUUCAUAUAAUAAUAUAAUAAUAAUAAUCUGGCCCUCUGUAUCCAGGGAUUCUCCAUGCAUGGCUGAAUUGCGCCUUUAUGGCAACCCUACAGCUGAUCUGGCCCUCCAUGGCAAUGGAUGUAACACCCUGUUCUAAUACAAUCCUUGCAUCAUCUGCAAAGCCUCUCAGUUAUCUAUCUAUCUAUCUAUCUAUCUAUCUAUAUUCACACCUUUAAUCCCUUCUUUUUGUUGUAUUUCUCUCACAAGUACUUCCAAUGUUAAAUUUAAAAUGAAGUGAGUUAAGGGAAUGUUCUCAUUUUGCUCCUUUUUCUAUAUUACAGAUGUCAGUUACUUCUCCAUUAUUUGUAUUUCUGCAUAUUAUCUAUUCGAAAUGGCUUUUACCUGACGUUUUGGCCCGUAUUAAUUCUUUUAUUGCUGCAAGCAUAAAGUAACAGUUUAAGUGACCCAAAGCCUCUGUGUCUGUCUAACAAGGUGCUUGUUUUCCAUUGUGUUUUCCCAAGUGUUCAGUAAUAUUCAUGGUGAAUCUCAUAUUGUUUUGUAUUUAUUUAUUUCCAACAUUUAUAUCCCGCUCUUCUCACCCGAAGGGACUCAGGGAGGCAUACAAAAUUGGCAACAAUUCAAUGCCUACACAUAAUUAAAACAGCAAUGAAAAUCCAAUAAAACAGUUAAAACAAUAUAAAGAUAUAAAAUAUAUGAUUAAAAUCCAUUCCUCCAAAAUCCUCGUGCUGUAGCCGUAAAUCAGUCCGGGUCGUCUUUAUCAUUUAAUCUUCGAAAGCCUAGAAUCAUAGAAUCAUAGAAUAGUAGAUUUGGAAGCGACCUCAUGGGCCAUCCCGUCCAACCCCAUUCUGCCAAGAAGCAGGAAAUCACAUUCAUAGCACCCCCGACAGAUGGCCAUCCAGCCGAUGCUUAAAAGCCUAAUGCAAGUUAGGAAUUUGUUGGCCUUAGUGCUCUUGGCCAAGUUUGUUUUCCAGUAGAUAUCAGGAUAGUUGAAGUCGCCCAUGACUACUACAUCUCUUCUUUGUGCCUGUUUGGUCAGCUGUUGACAAAAGGCUUCAUCAACUUCUAUAUCCUGGUUCGGAGGUCUGUAGUAGACACCCAUGACGAGAUCUUUUUGAGUCCCUUGAUUCCCUUGAUUCUUAUCCAGAUGCUUUCAAGCUGGUUUCCCAGAUUACAGUCUUGCAUUUCUUCUGCAACGUAACUGUUUUUGACAUAUAAAGCUACUCCCCCUCCUCUCCCCUUUGUUCUAUUUCUGUGAAAGAGGUUAUAGCCCUCAAUGGCUACAUUCCAGUGAUAGGAGUCAUCCCACCAGGUUUCAGUGAUGCCUAUGACGUCGUACGUGUGGUGCUGUGCUAAAAGUUGGAGUUCGUCUUGCUUAUUUCCCAUGCUCUGUGCAUUAGUGUAAAGACAUGUAAGCCCCUGUGACCUCCCCUUGAGCUGUUUAUUUGGGAUUAUUGUGCUCUCGGUAAUUGGUCUUUGCUGUGUUUGUGCAGCCCCCCAUUUAGCCUUUUGGCAGUUCCCUGUGGUCGUGGGUAAUAUAGUGUUUGCCAGGCUGUUGUUCCCCUCCCCCAGUGGAUCUAGUUUAAAGUGCGCCUGAUGAAGUUUGUGAGUCUGUGUGCAAAAAGAUGUUUUCCUACUUGUGUGAGAUGCACCCCAUCACUUGCCAGUAGGCCAUCCUCCUGGAAGAGUAGACCAUGGUCAAGGAAGCCAAAAUGCUCCUCUUGACACCAUUUUCUGAGCCAGUUAUUGACCUGUACUAUUUUUCCGGCCCUUGUAGAGCCAUGUCCUACAACGGGGAGGAGGGAUGAAAAGAUCACAUGUACAUUAUACAGUUUUAGCUUUGUUCCCAGAGCUCGAAAAUCAUUUGUGAUCUUUUGAAAAGUAUGCCUAGCGGUGUCAUUGGUACCUACAUGAAUCAACAUAAGGUGGGGAGGGUGAUGGGGCUUUAAGAGCCUGCUGAGCCUCUGAGUGAUAUGGUGUAUUUUUGCCCCCGGGAGGCAGCAUGUUUCUCGAGCCAUCCCAUCCGGUCUGGAAAUGAUGGCUUCCGUUCCUCUAAGGAGGGAGUCACCUACUACCAAGACCUGUUUCCUUUGAGGAUUGACAGGGUCCCUUUUGUGCAAGACAGUGUGUAUGUCCCCUGGAGAGUGUUCCUGUUGAAGUGAAUUGUGUAGGUGUAAAGUGUUGCCCUCCUCCUCGACAUCCCCAGUGCAUUCAUCAAUGACAAUCCAUUGAGAUGCGUCCAAGAGCCCAUCACUCUCCCAAGGGUGUUCCUGCUGUGCCUCGUCUACGAUUGGGGAUGGAGCAUUUGUAUGAUUACAUAAGUGUGAAUGUGGCGAUGCACUGUCCCCGUCAGGGCUAUCCCCUGCGCAUUGAUCAAGAGUGGCCCACUGAGUGGUAUCUAAGUAACUGUGGUCCUCCACAAGAUGUGUUUCCUGAUUGUAUGUUAAUGGUGUGAGAAUUUGGAAUCUGUUGUGUAAAUGCAGCUGAGCAGAGGAGUUCUGCGGAGGCUGCCUGGUCCUGUGCCUCUUUCUAUGGGUGACCUCCUUCCAAGCCUGAGAGUUGUCUGCCUUUGAGUUGAUCUUCCCAUAAAGUUCCUGAUCAUGGUGGUGUUGGUGUGAUGCAGGUUGCAGAUCUACAGCAGCGUGUUGUGCAGUGUCCAAGAAGAGCUCAAGUGCCUGAAUGUCCUUAAGGGUCUUAAGGGGCCUCGAGUUGCUCGAUCCUCUGCUCCAUCAGAGUAAUCUGUUUACACUUGGUGCAGGUGUAGUUGAGUAGUUGUUGUGCAAAGAAGGUGAACAUGCCGCAAUUUGUGCAUGUGGUGGCAAGUAUUUGCUGUUGAUCCAUCUCUUGGUGAGUGAAGUGACCGAGCAGGAUUGUGUGUGUUAUGGGCAGAAUGCUAUCCACCUUUGUGUGUGUAUGGGCACAUAGCCAUGUUUUCAGGGCUUUUCUAAAACUCAAAAGGGUUGGGGCUUGCCGUAUAUCUCUGGGGAGGGUGUUCCACAGCCGGGGAGCCACCACCGAGAAGGCCCUGUCCCUCGUCCCCACCAGCCGUGCCUGUGAGGCAGGCGGGACCGAGAGCAAGGCCUCACCAGAUGACCUUAGGGAUCUUCCUGGCUCAUAGGAGGAGAUACGUUCGGACAAGUAGAUUGGGCCAGAACCGUUUAGGGCUUUAUAGGUCAAAACCAGCACUUUGAAUUGGGCUCGGUAGCAUAUUGGCAGCCAGUGGAGCUGGCUAAGUAGGGGGGUGGUACACUCCCUGUAAGCCGCCCCAGUUAUUAAUCUGGCUGCCGCCCGUUGUACUAAUUGGAGUUUCCGGGCCGUCUUCAAAGGCAACCCCAUGUAGAGAGCGUUGCAGUAGUCCAAAUGGUAUGUAACCAGAGCGUGGACCACUGUGGCCAAGUCAGACCUCCCAAGGAAUGGGCGCAGCUGGCACACGAGGCGGAGUUGUGCGAAGGCUCCCCUGGCCACUGCCGAGACCUGGGGCUCCAGGCUCAGCGAUGAGUCCAGGAGAAGAACCCCCAGACUGUGAACCUGUGUCUUCAGGGGGAGUGCGACCCCAUCCAGCACAGGCUGUAACCCUAUUCCCUGUUCAGCCUUACGACUGACCAGGAGGACCUCUGUCUUGUCUGGAUUCAGUUUCAAUUUAUUGACCCCCAUCCAGUCCGACACAGCGGCCAGACACCGGUUCAGGACCUGAACAGCCUCCUUAGUGACAGGUGGGAAGGAGUGACAGAGCUGGACAUCAUCUGCGUACAGAUGACACCGGACCCCGAAACUCCGGAUGAUCUCUCCCAGCAGCUUCAUGUAUAUGUUGAACAACAUGGGGGACAGUACUGAACCCUGCGGGACUCCACAAGUCAAUGGUUGUGGGGCCGAGCAAGCGUCCCCCAAUGACACCAUCUGGGAACGACCCUCCAGGAAGGACCGGAGCCACUGCAAAACAGUGCCUCCGAGCCCCAUCCCAGCGAGGCGCCCCAGAAGGAUACCGUGAUCGACAGUAUCGAAGGCUGCUGAGAGGUCCAGCAGAACCAGCAGGGACACCCUCCCCCUGUCCAGUUCCCGGCGAAGAUCAUCGACUAAGGCGACCAAGGCUGUCUCGGUACCAUGCCCCGGCCUGAAGCCAGACUGUGCCGGAUCCAGAAAAUUGGUAUCUACCAAGAAUGUCUGGAGUUGUGCGGCCACCACACGUUCCACGACCUUGCCCAAAAAGGGGAGAUUGGAAAUAGGCCGAUAGCUGUCCAAUUGAGUGGGGUCCACUGAUGGCUUCUUCAACAGCAGUUUGAUCACAACCAAUUUAAGGCUCACUGGAAAAAUGCCUUCCCGAAGGGAGGCAUUCACCACCACCUUCACCCACUCGGCCAAACCCCCUCUGGCUUCUCUCACCAGCCAGGAUGUAGUUGUCUUUGAGGUAAAAACCCACAUUGAUCUGGAUGUAUAAUGUAUUGAAGGAUACACUCAUUGAUCUGAAUGUAUAAUGUAUUCCAUAGUAAAAGAAUCCAUGGUCUAUAGUCAUUUUUUGUCCCAUUGUGACCCUCUUUAGGGAUCAGCAUUACAGUUGUCAGUAGAGUUGUGUGCAGAAUUCAUUCCUACCAUUUCUAUCGUUUCUUUCGUGUCUUUCUCUUCAGCAGCACAAAACGGGAAGCCCCCUCCCUGCACGAAAAUCAGCUCAACACGAAAGCAAGCUGGAACCGAUCCCGUCUCCAGGGAAAUGAGGAUUGUAUGGAGCUACCCCUGGCCUCAUGAGGAACAAACAAAUAUGCAAUGGAGUUUGAGGAACGUGGAAGCCAAAGGUGCAGCAAGGAAGAAGAAAUCCUCUCAAAGUUCUGAUCUUGCUGAACUCUUAAACUUUGGAUCAGAAAAGAAAAAAAAGAAGAAUCAGAUGUCCAUAUUGCAAUUAAAUUAACCUGUGAUCGUCAACAUGGAAGUGAAAACAUAUAAAUGCAUUGAAUAUGGAAAUAUAUUUAAUCAGCAUGGACACUUGCAGUUACCUGAAAGAAUUCACUCUGAGGAGAAGCCUUACACAUGUGUGGAGUGUGGAAAGAGCUUUACUUUGAGUCAAAAUCUACAUUUUCAUCAAAGAACUCACACUGGGGAGAAACCCUAUACAUGCCUGGAGUGUGGAAAGAGCUUCACUCGAAGUGAUCAUCUACAUAAACAUCAAAGGACUCACACUGGGGAGAAACCCUAUACAUGCCUGGAAUGUGGAAAGAGCUUCACUGUGAGUGGAAGCCUACGUUCUCAUCAAAGAACUCACACUGGGGAGAAACCCUAUACAUGUAUAGAGUGUGGAAAAAGUUUCACUAAGAGUGGAAAUUUACGUUCACAUCAAAAAAAUCACACUGGGGAGAAACUCUAUACAUGUCUGGAGUGUGGAAAGAGCUUUGCCCGGAGUAGAGGUCUACGUUCACAUCAAAGAAUUCAUACUGGGGAGAAACCCUAUAAGUGCCUGGAGUGUGGAAAGACCUUUGCUCAGAGUGGGGGUCUAUAUUCACAUCAAAAAACUCACUCUGGGGAGAGACCCUAUACAUGCCUGGAGUGUGGACAGAGCUACACUGAGAGUGGACGCCUACGUUCACAUCAAAGGACUCACUCUGGGGAGAAACCCUAUAAAUGCCUGGAGUGUGGAAAGAGCUUCACUCGGAAUGGAGGUUUGCAUAAACAUCAAAGAACUCACACUGGGGAGAAACCUUAUGAAUGCCCGGAAUGUGGAAAGAGCUUUCUUGACAGGCAAUACCUACAGAAACAUCAAAAAACUCACACUGGCAAGAAACCUUAUAAAUGCAUGGAGUGUGGAAAGAGCUUCAGUGGGAGUGGAAGUCUACAUGAACAUCAUAGAACUCACACUGGGGAGAAACCCUAUGAAUGCUUAGAGUGUGGAAAGAGGUUCACCUAUAGUGGAAAUCUACAUCAACAUCAAAGAACUCACACCGGGGAGAAGCCCUAUAACUGCCUGGAGUGUGGAAAGAGCUUCACAUCUAGUGGAGAUCUGCAUAGACAUGAAAUAACACAUACUGGGGAGAAACUGUAUACUUGUCUGGAGUGUGGUAAGAGCUUUGCUCGGAAUGGAGAUCUACGUUCACAUGAAAGAAUUCACACUGGACAGAAACCUUAUACAUGCCUGGAAUGUGGAAAGAGUUUCACACAGAAUACACAUCUACACAGGCAUGAAAGAACUCACACUGGGGAGAAACCCUAUAAAUGUCUUGUGUGUGGAAAGAGCUUCACUCACAAUGGACAUCUACAUAAACAUGAAAGAACUCACACUGGGGAGAAACCCUAUUCAUGCCUGGAGUGUGGAAAGAGGUUCACUGGUAGUGGAGAUCUACGUUCACAUCAAAGGACUCACACUGGGGAGAAACCGUAUAAAUGCUUGGACUGUGGAAAGUCUUUCAGUCGGAGUGGAAGUCUACGUUCACAUCAAAGAACCCACAUUGUGAAGACUUUCUAGGAUAUACAAAGGCAACCCUAGUUAAAGUUUGAAGCAUGGACAUAAUAUUGGGAAAUUUUAUCAGAUGUGGUGGUCUUACAGAAAGGCCCAGAAAUAUUGGUCUGAAAUACAUAUGAGACCAGCAUUUUAUUUGUUAAGAAUGCUGAAUGAUCAUCUAGAACAUUUGGAAGGCCAGUACAUUAUAUUAUAACUAUAGUAAGAAUAGUCUAUCCUCAAGGAUGGGAGAAACCUCUUAUCCCAACGCAAGGUGAACGGUUAUGAUCGGUGAACUAGCCAAGAUGGGGAAACUGACAAUGCUGAGUAAGGGGAAAUAUUUGAUCACCUUCAAGAAAGUUUGCGAUUUCUUUCUCACUUUUUCACAACAACAACAACGAGGGCAAAGUAGAAGUGCAGUUAUCGUAUUAUGGUAUUAUCUAAAGGAGCAGAAUAAUCAGGGAUAAAAGCCAACAGACUGUGAAUGGGAGGUUCAUAGAAUUGUACCCAUGAUUGUUUGUACAUUUAUUAUUGUAGUUUGUGUGAGUGCAUGUCUGUGUAGAUGUGUGUUUUCUUGGGCACUUCCUUAUUUUGUUUUGUAGCUUUUCCUAAUCGCCAAUUAAUUUGCUGUAUAGGUUUAACAUUAUAUAUUAUAAUUUUUGGCUUCUUUUUGUAUUGCUAUUUUACUGUUUCUUUUUUUUUCUGAAUCAAAACCAGUUCAUGGAAGGGGGACUUGGUGGGGUUAAAAUUGCUGAGACUGGAAUGGCUGGCAGACCUGGCUUUAGCCAAGAUGGGGUUUGAUGCCUAAUUCAAGUCGCCUUUGAAUUACAUUUCCCACCUAUAUGUUAGUCGCAUGACUUUACAUUCUAUUAUCGUGCUUCAGUCAUUAUUUUUCCUAUUCCAUCUUGCCAGUUAUCUAAAUAAAUCUUUAGUUGAUCUUC